AUGUCCACUCAACCCGUCCCACCCAGCUUCAAGGACCUUGGCAAGGCAGCCAAUGACCUCCUCGGAAAGGACUACCCAAUCUCCGGUACCAACCUCGAGGUCAAGACCAAAGCACCCAACAACGUGGUUUUCAAAGUUGCCGGUCUACGAGAUGGCAAAUCCGGUGUCAUUGCUGGUGAUCUUGAGGCGAAGUAUCUGUUGCCUAAGUAUGGACUUACGUUUACUCCUACCUGGAGUACCUCCAACCUGGUCAAAGCCCAAUUCGAACUCGAAAACAAGAUCGCAAAAGGUCUCAAAUUGGACUUGGCCACCAGCAUGAACCCUGUGUCAAAUGCGAAGAAUGCUGCCUUGACAGCUACUUACAAGCAACCCGGUCUACAUACCCGGACAUUGGUUGACUUGUUCCGGGGUCCGUCAUUCACUCUUGAUGCUGUCAUCGGCCGAGAUGGAUUCUUAGUCGGAGGAGACGCUACCUACGAUGUGCAAAAGGCUGCGAUCAGCAAAUACAAUGCCAUCGUUGGAUACUCUGCUCCCGAAUACGCCAUCACCUUACAUGGUCUUUCCAACCUGUCCACCUUCCACGCCUCUUACUACCACAAAGUAAACCGAGACGUUGAAGCUGGUGCCAAGGCGAUUUACGAUUCAAAAUCGAGCAGCAAGAACAUCUCCCUCGAGGUCGGCACACGUGCCUACCUUGACAACGCCUCCUUCAUCAAGGCCAAGAUCAACAACACCGGUAUCUUGGGCUUAGGAUACACCCAAGCACUCCGACCCGGCGUCAAAGUUAGCUUUGGUCUAGCCCUCGACACCCAGCAAGUCAGCGGCGCAGCCAUCAACGACGAAAAAUCUGGCGGACUUAACGCUCACAAGGUCGGCGCUAGCUUGACUUUCGAAUCUUGA